ACGAACACAAUGGCAUUCCGCGCUGGUUUGCGGUCCAUGUCCACUGCAGCACGCUCUUCGUUGAAAAUUGGGUUGUUACCUGCGGACGGCAUUGGUCAUGAAGUCAUUCCGGCGGCAAAAGAGGCUAUUGAAGCUUUGGGUUCCAGUAUUCCGAAACCAGAAUUCAUUAACUUGAAUGCCGGUUUCGAAUAUUUCACCCGUAAGGGUGUUGCAUUACCUGAAGAAACCGUCCAAACACUUAAAAAUGGGUGUGAUUGUGCGCUUUUCGGUGCCGUGAGCUCUCCAUCGAAAAAGGUGACCGGGUACAGUUCCCCGAUUGUCGCACUUCGCAAAGAACUGGACCUAUAUGCAAAUAUUCGACCUGUAGUUUCUGUCGCCGCGAAUCCGGGAGAUCGACCAGACGUUGACCUGGUUGUCGUGCGCGAAAACACGGAAUGCCUGUACAUUAAGCAAGAAACAAGUACCAUUGGGCCAAAUGGUCGCGAAGCGCGUGCAACUCGACUCAUUACUGAGCGUGCUUCAAAGAGAAUUGGCAAAGCUGCUUUUGAAAUUGCGCUUAAUCGUCCACGAAAGCACUUAACAAUUGUGCACAAAUCGAACGUCCUUUCUGUCACUGAUGGCCUCUUCCGAGAAAGCGUACGCGCUGUACCCGGAUCGGCCGAACCAGCAGGGAAAUAUGAUAGUGUUACGAUCGCUGAACAACUUGUCGACAGUGCAGUAUACAGACUGUUCCGCGAACCUCAAGUUUUUGACGUGAUGGUCGCACCCAACCUUUAUGGUGACAUUAUCUCCGAUGCUGCUGCAGCGCUAGUCGGCUCUUUAGGACUCAUCCCAUCUAUCAACUCCGGAGACUCUUUCGUAAUGGGCGAACCUGUUCACGGCUCUGCACCCGACAUUGCCGGAAAAGGCAUCGCAAACCCUCUCGCGGCAAUUCGUAGUGCAGCACUGAUGCUACGUACUCUCGGCUACGGUGAUGGCGCGGCACGAAUUGAGCGUGCAGUAGACCAGGUAAUCCGGGAAGGCAAGUUCCUUACACCUGACCUGGGAGGGACGGCGAAGACGAGUGAAGUGACGAACGAGGUUUUGAAGCGCAUCUAAACUGGUAUAUUAUGAGAGUAGAUACUUGGAUUAAAAAAAUAGACCUGCUUGAAUUGAC